GACAGAUGUCACAUUCCAGAGAAGUAUUUGCAUUCAGUUAUUUACCACAAUAUUAUUUACAGAGUGAUUAAAUAUUUUUAAGUUUCCUAGUAAUGAGACUAGAGAGAAUUUUCUGUCUAAUCUAGAAAAACGAAGAGUUAUUUUAGUUUUAUACUUUUUAUAAUAAACAACAAUCAUUAAUUAUUUAUCAAAGUUAUGUGGUGUCACAAUGUUAUUCAAUUUUUAGGAUAAAUAAUGUGGUACAUCGCUACUUUAAGUGUUUGUUAAACUUAAUUACCUACUAAUUGUUAUCAGUUAUCAUUUUAACGCUAACUGGUUAUUUCUUGUGCUAACAGUGUCUCAUAUUUCGGGUUUUGUGGUUUUAAAGUAUAACUUAUUCAUAGUAAUUAUUUGAUUUAAUUUUUAAAAUGUUAAUUUUAAAAUCAGUUACGUCUUUAAGAGACUGUGUUGCGCGACAGUUGGCUGUUAGAGUACCUUGUUUGAGCACCUGCAAUUAUCGAAGAUAUUCAAAUGAAACUCCUCAAAAGUAUGAUAUAGCUGUUAUUGGCGGUGGCAUAGUUGGUGCUGCUUCAGCUAGAGAACUGGUUUUGAGGCACCCUCAAUUGAAAGUAGCCUUAAUUGAGAAGGAACACCAAUUUGCUAGUCAUCAGAGUGGGAAUAACAGUGGUGUGAUUCAUGCUGGAAUUUAUUAUAAGCCUGGCACACUAAAAGCCAAACUAUGUGUCCAAGGUAUGGACUUGGCCUAUAAAUACUGUGAUAAAAAAGGUAUAAAAUAUUCAAAAUGUGGUAAAUUGAUAGUCGCCACUGAAAGGGCUGAAGUGCCUAGACUAUUGGAUCUAUAUGACCGUGGAUUAAGAAAUGGUGUAAAGGACAUACAACUUCUUGACAGUCAAGGAAUUCGGGAGAUAGAACCUCUCUGUAAAGGAUUGCAAGCUUUGUGGUCACCUCAUACUGGUAUUGUGAGUUAUGCAGAGAUGACUAAGUCUUACGUCCAAGACUUUGUUGCCAGCGGUGGGAAAUCAUACCUCAAAUUUGAAGUCAAGAAAUUUAUUGAAGCUGAGAAUGCGGAAUAUCCUGUAACUAUAUCAGAUGAGAAAUCUUUAAAAAUAUCAGCUAAAUAUGUUCUAACUUGCUGUGGCCUACAUUCUGACACAGUAGCUGUGUUGACAGGUUGUCCAGAAGAGCCUAAAAUUAUUCCAUUUAGAGGUGAAUACCUAUAUCUUGUACAAAAUAAAAGUAAUUUAGCAAAAGUUAACAUUUACCCUGUUCCUGAUCCAAGAUUCCCAUUCCUGGGUGUCCAUAUAACGCCUACUAUAGAUGGGCGUGUUAUACUUGGACCUAAUGCUAUAUUAGCAUACAGCAAAGAGGGAUAUAAAUACAGUGAUGUCAACAUGAAAGAGUUAAAGGAAAUCAUUGCAUUCUCUGGUUUCCGGAAACUAGCAACUAAAUAUGCUGGUUUUGGAAUUAAAGAGAUGACUAGAUCAAUAUUGAUUCCAUUACAAGUUAAACAGCUGCAGAAGUAUAUUCAAGAAAUUACAUCAGCUGAUGUGGAGAGGGGCCCCGCCGGAGUUAGGGCUCAGGCAAUGUCUAAAGAUGGUAGUCUUAUAGAGGACUUUGUGUUUGACUCCAAGCCUGGAUCGAGCGCGAUUGGAAGCAGAGUACUGCACUGUAGAAAUGCACCUUCGCCUGGUGCUACAUCAUCACUUGCUAUCGCGAAAAUGAUAGCUGACAAAAUGGAAGAACAGUUUAAAUUUAAACUACGUACCUAAUUGAAAAAGUGUGAACGGCAAAAUUAUUUUUAGUUACACUCUGUCCAUUUUAGGAGCAAUCUUUUGACUGUUCAUAAAAUUGGCCAAAGUGACGCAACUCGCCAGUUUUUUUUGCCUAAUUUCAAAAGGUAGGUAACUCCUAAAAUGGAUAGACUAAAAUGCUAUUUGGGGAACAAAUAUUUAUUUGGGGUUAAUUAUUAUACACAGCACUGAGUAGAUAACUACUGUUUAAAAACAAACUAGUUGUAACUAAUCAUUUAGUUAUUUAUUAAUAUUACAACAUGUCAUUUGUGAAUCUACGUAGAUAUGAGAUAAAGGUAGUUAACCAAGGAUAUACAAAAACACUACAUUAGAUCUGAAUGUUAUUUAUUAUAAAAUGUUAUACUAAUAUGUAGACUUAUAUUAAUAUCAUGAAUAAUUGAGGAAGACAUUAUAAUAAUAUGAAAUAAAAUGAUGUAAAUAAUAUUAUACUUGGAACUUUAGGUGCUAACAUAAGUCACUAACAUAGCAUUUAUGUUCGGAAUAUAUUUUGGACAUUGUUAUACAUUUACUAUAUAUAGAUUGUUUUUGUACAUAAGACUAUUAGGUAUGCAUUAAAAUGUGUCUAUCUAUAA